AAUAAUAUAAUAUGGAGAAAAAUUAAGAACAGCUUAAUACUUAUUUGAGUUUCUCAAAAUUCCUUAAAGAUAAAUAUUAAAGAUAAUUCUUUGUAUUACUCUUAUACCAUAACACAUUGGAUACUUCUUCAAUAAACAAAGCUACAUAUCAUAGUCAUAACAUUUCCACAUGUGUCUUAGAUGAAAUUCAAUUUUGCUUUAAACCUUCGGAAUCCUGUUCACAAAAACGAAAAUGGAUACGCACAUAAUAGAUGACUAUACAUUUGAAAGCAUACUCGGAAAAGGAACAUUUGGAACUGUGUACUUAGUGAGAAGAAAGAAAGAUUCAAAGCUUUUUGUUAUAAAAGCACAAGAUUUAGAUGCAACAAAUUAUUCGCCUUCUGAGAGGACAUUAGGAGAAAUACGAUGUCUAAAAAGAUUGAGACAUCCGAACAUAGUGUUUUAUUAUGGAGCAUGGGAAGAAAAUAAUCAUAGCUAUAUUCUUAUGGAAUAUGCAACUCGAUGUACUCUUAAGGAUUUAUUAGAAAAACGAAAGAUGCCACUCAAGGAAGAGGAUGCGCUGUAUUUGUUUUCACAAAUUACUUUGGGAGUACAUCACAUUCAUUCAUAUAAAAUUCUUCACCGAGAUUUAAAGCCGGAAAAUAUUAUGUUAACUGGCAGCCGCGGAGAUAUUGUCAAGAUUGGUGACUUUGGGCUCUCAAAAAGUAUCCAAGAAGAUUCGAUAACUUGCCAUGCGGGUUCUUAUUAUUAUAUGGCUCCCGAAGUAUUUAGUCUUCAACCAUAUGAACUUAAGUGUGAUAUAUGGAGCAUGGGUGUUAUAUUAUAUGAAAUGGUUACGAAGAGAUUUCCAUUUCCAGCCAUGAGUUUAGCGGAAAUUACGAAAUUAGUACACAAUAGCCCACCGCAACCUUUACCGCAACAGACAUCAGCACCCAUUGUAAAUUUGAUAUCGAAAAUGUUGAGGAAACAGAGUCUGUAUCGUCCCAGCACUGAUCAGCUUGUAUUCUGCCCUUUUCUUGUCUCAUAUAUCAUUCGUGUAUACCUAAAUCUCGGACGUAACGUUAAUCUCGCUGAACGAGAUCAUGAAAAUUUUGGACUGCACACUUUUUUAAAAUUUCUGAAUCCACUAAAAUUUUUGGAAUGACAUUUUAAUGAACAUUUAA